UAUCAACAUGUCAAUACAUUAAAAUGGUGCUACUGGCUCCGUGAAGUCUUCUCGAUAUAACACACUAGCCAAUUACACUCCGAGUAUUUUUAACGAGUUCAUGUGGACGUGGUAGUCAACUGAGACCUGCAGUGAAGUCGCGUCCAAACAGGAAAUGGAUUUCCAGGAGCUGUUAGUCCAUGUGGACCAGGCCCUGAGUAAGGACGACGUAAAAGCUUUACUAUUUCUUUGCACUGAUAUCGUGGUCCGGGACCUCAGCUCUCUGGGGUCAGCCAAAGAACUGUUCGCUCUUCUGCAGGACCAAGACCUGCUUUCUGCUGAGCGGCCAUUUCUGCUCACAGAGCUUCUAACCAUCAUCCACCGCACCCGCUUGGUCCGACAGCUGGGUCUCAGUGGAUCUACAACCAGUAUUUCUCCCUAUAGGAUGCUGCUAUAUGAACUUUCUGAGGGUAUCACUGAAGAGGACUUGAAAAAGAUAAAGUUCUUGCUGAGGGAAAAGCUGCCACGCAAAAAGCUGGAGAAAACAACAACCCUGGAAGUCUUCUUGGAGAUGGAGCACAAGGAUCUCCUAAAUGAAACUAAGUUAAACCUUCUGGAGGAGAUAAUGAAACCAGUCUGUCCUAUGCUACAAAACAAGAUCAAGCACUUUACAGAACAGAAUGAAACUAACAGAGGCCCUGUGACCCAAGAGACCGGGACAGGGCGAUCACAGUCCACGUCUGAUCUGUCUGUGUCAAACCAGAUGCCUUUGCCCAAGGUUUCUGAAAGGCGUUCCUCUUGUGAAAUAUCAAUCAAUUUUGGUGAACAUCUUCGACCUUGCCACUGCUCUGAGGGACCACAGCCAUUGGCUCAGUUGUCUUCCCUGAGUCCUUCCAAUACCUCUCUGGAUAUCCCAAGGGUCCCAGAUACUACAGAUGAGGCCCAGUCAGCUGCACUCAGUCUCCUAACCAUCAAAAAAGGCAACUCAGCUGCUUCCAAAGAGAAAAGUGGCGUGGAGAACUCUGGCCCGGGCCAUUGUCCAACAGCUGCAGAGACAAAUAAGGAGGUUGUGGGAAAAUAUCCUAUGGUAGGAGUAAAGAGAGGUUUCUGCUUGAUAGUAAAUAAUUAUGACUUCAGCAACUCCAUUAAGCAACUCAACAAUCGGGAGGGGACUGAUAUCGAUCAAAGAUGUCUGGAGAAAGUGUUUAAGUGGCUGGGCUUCGAGGUGGAGACAGAGAAAAACUGUGCAAGGGAUAAGAUGCUGUCUGUGGUGCAGAAGCUCCGCACCAUGGACCACAGUCAGAUGGAUUGUUUUGUUUGCUGCAUUCUCAGCCACGGCCAGGAUAGAGGUGUGUUCGGGGUGGACGGCCAAGAAGUCCAGCUCAAGGAGCUCACUGAGCCAUUCAGCGCACUUCAGUGCCCCUCCUUGAGAGAAAAACCCAAGCUGUUUUUCAUCCAGGCCUGUCAGGGCACCUAUGAGCAACAGGCGGUCUGCAUCCAGUCUGAUGGUCCUGUUUGUAGCGAUGCUCAGGUGCCUAAAAACUCCAUUCCAGCUGAUGCAGAUAUCUUAAUGAGCAUGGCCACGGUUCCUCACUAUGUCUCUUAUAGAGACAAGAAGCAAGGCUCUUGGUUCAUCCAGUUGUUGUGCCAAAACCUGGUCCAGAUGGUGCCCAGUGGCUAUCAUCUCAUGGAUAUCCUGACUAAAGUGAAUGCAGACGUCAGCCAGAAGACUGAUUCUUAUGGUGAAAAGAAGCAGAUGCCCCAGCCAGCGUUCUCUCUCAGGAAGAAAGUGGUGUUUCCCAUCCCCAGAGAGCGUCCUCCCAGCCUGCCCUGAGAAAUCUGCUGCUGCCUCUCUCUCAAACACUCUGCCUCUGCACACUGUUUGAGAAACACACUGUUUACAUUUUUAAAUUAUCUGGACACUUUGGGGGAAUAGGUACAUAUACAUGAACAUUUUAUAGAAUAAAAAACAAACAAACAAACAAACAAACAAAUGUACAGUAUUUUUGAUGAAUUAUAUAACUCUAAUCAUUUCCAUUGAUCAAGGAUUUCAUGUGGGAUUCUCUGUUUUUGUUGUUGUUGUUCUAUUAUAUAAAAAUUCAAAGGCAGCAUAUUCUGUCAAGUAUGAUCGCCAUUACCAGGUUUUCCUCAUUCACAUUACCAUGCUCACUACUAUAAAAUGGCUGCUGUUCUUGAUUUUUGACACUGUAACAGAAAUCCAAAAGGCAUUUAAAACAGCUGAAAUACACCAUAAUCUUGCAUGACUCAAAAUACAAAUUUUCAAAUAAAAGAUGUUUCCACCUGGUCACCCUAAUUUCAUUACAGUAAUUUAUUUUAAAAUGUCAAUUUAAAGACAUUUAGUAGAUA